CGAAGGAGCCACUAAUUAACCCCCCCGGGCUUACGGCACUGUCCGGAAUUCACCAAACUUCCGGAAAUCACGACCCGGUCCGUUGUAUCUACUUUUGGGUUUCGAUAGUUCGAUGUAACAACCGUAUAACUGUAUACCAACUUUAAAUCAAGAUUUUUACCUUCGAGAUAGGAGAUAUCCAAAUACAACAUCACACCACACUUCAAACUUCACCCUCACCUACCUACCCUCCAACCCCUCCCGCGAAUCAAACCCCCCCAAAAUGUCAUCCCUCCUCCAGCGAAAAUUCCCCUCCAUCCUACACUCCCACAUCCCCCCAGCCCACCGCACCCCCCUCCUCCUCGCCGCCGGCGCGGCCGCCCUCUCCGCCCCGCUCUUAGCAUACGCGUACAAAUGCUACACGGCCUGGCUCGCCCUCGGCCGCGGCGGCGUGCCCUACAACGUCUUCGGCUGGCUCGCGCAAUCUUCCCUGCACAUCCUCGCGCGGACCGACCUCCGCUCGCCCGUGCCCGGUCGGUACGCGAGCGCCGAGGACCUAGGCAAGGUAUACGGACCCGCGGGCGCGCGCUCGUAUUUCGGCGAGGAGGGCGAGGAGGGCGGCAGGACGGAGAUACCGCCGCGCAAGCCGCCGCGUCCGACGGUGCCGUCGUUCGUCGCGCCGCAGCGCCAGGUUAGCGAGGUCGGCAGCCCGAGUACCGUCGAGGCGCUGAACCGGUUCGCGGCCGCGCUCGCGGACGCGAAUCCGGAGUUGUUCGAGCUUAAGGCUAGCCAGCUCGAAGGGCCGCUUUAUAAGGCUUUAUGGGUACGACAACCUCCCGUUCCCUCUCCCCAGGACCAGGAGGGGGAGAAGAAGGGAGAGGAGGAGCAGGGUAAAACGGUUAUUAGCGCUACGGAGCUGCAGACCCGCGUCGGCCGCGGCACGACGGGCGAGUGGGCGCACGUGCACGGCGAGGGCAGCACGCACGUCACGCUCAGCCCCGUCGACGCGGCGACGCUGAUAUCGAAGGGCUGGGCCGAGCGCCACGGGAUGAGCGGCGUCGGGGGCGCGGCGUGGGCCAUGGCGCCGUGGGGCUACGUGCUUAUCUACGCGCCGCGCGACGAGGACGAGUUCGAGGUCUGGAAGGAGGUUUUGCUUGCCGGGGCAAGGUAUAUAAGUCACGGGUUGGGGAAGAAGGUGGUUGCUCCUGAGGAGGAGGAUGAUGAGGAUGAUGACGAGGAGGAGGAGGACGACGACGACGAGGAAGAAGAGGAAGAGGAAGAGGAAGAGGAGGGAGAAGAGGAGGAGGAGUAAAAAAUGAAGGAGCGGUGUGCUUAAGCCAUGUGUAUGUACAUCCGUGCUGUGAUGUGUAUGGGUUUGGGUGGUGGGAGUCGGAGUUGGGAUGGGGGUAGAACGAGGGUGAGGUCUAGGUUGUGGUGUGGCGUUGAGGAGGUUUACGGAUAUAUGCUGUUACUUUGGGUGAUAGGGUAUAUAUAUUUCCCAUAUCUCAAAUUGGUAAAGGGGUUAAAAUGGUAGGCAUGGGAAAACCUAGGUACCUACUCUUGAGAGCGACAUAUUAGCAUGUCCAUGAGGCAUUUACAUAAAUUCCCCUUGUUACUAAGGUGCUAUGCUACUAUCACUAUGGAACAUACCUAUCCGUGUGGAUCUGGGUUG